AUGGUAGAUAAUAAAAAACGAGUGUUUUGGCAUUUCACAUUCAAAGACAUAUUAACUAUUUUAUGUUCAGCAGCUAUACCCAUAGCUCUUGCUAUUUAUACUGCAAUUGGAUCUGAACAACAAAAACAACAAGAUGAGAAAAAACAAAAUUUUAAUUUGGAACAAUCAAGAGAAUUAAGACAACAAACACUUUAUGAUGAAUUUAUAAAUAAUAUUUUUAAAUUGGAUAAUUAUGGUUAUCUGAAGGAGAAAAAAAAUCCAUGGGCAUUUGCCAAUGCAUAUUAUCGUGCUGCUGAUCGUCAAUGGGAUACAAUACGUAAAGCAGAUGUUAUACAAUUUCUAAAAGAGAAACAAUUAAUUGGCAGAAAUAAUUGUACUAAUGGAUGUAAGACAACAAAUUUAGUUGAUAUAAUCCGUUUGAAUGAGUUAAAUUUGGAUAAUAUACGUCUAGCAAGUCAAACUGGUGUAUUAAAUAAGUUGAAUUUACAAUGCAUUUCUUUUGAUCAAGUAUCAAUGUCAAAUGCAAUAUUUUCAUUUGCAAGUUUAAAUGGCGCAUCAUUUGAUGGAGGACGAUUAGAUAAGGUGAAAUUUGAUAGUUCAUCUUUACUUUGUGCUAGUUUUAAUGGUGUAAAUCUGUCGGAAGCAGAUUUUGGAAACUCUAAUCUGACAGGUGCGCAGUUUUCAAACAGUGACAUGUCAGGAGCUAAACUAACGGAAGAUCAAAUAAAACAGGCAUCUUUUCAUAAUGUAACUAUGCCAAACGGAAAGAAGAGUAAAGCUACACCCUCAACGACAAUAAAAGAACCUAUAACCCAAACAACAACAAUAAUAAAGACGAAAAAGGCGAAGACAGCAUCACCAUCAUCAACAACAACAACAACAACAACAACAACAACAACUUCAUCAUCAACAUCAUCAACAACAACCACUGGACUAUGCAUACAGGUCACGUACCCGUAUGAUGCUCAUAGUUACUGGGCACUGGAAAAUAAUGUUGCUGAUAGCAUAUCAAAUCUUAGUGGCACAGCUGUCAAUGCACCUAUUUAUACGAAUAGUGGCGUCAACGGUGGAUACAAUUUGAGACUUAUCAGUAGUAGUAAUCAAUACAUCACAAUACCAACCUAUCAAAGUUUUGUUUCUACCAGUUUUACAGUAGAAAUGUGGAUCUAUCCUACUUCAUUAAACAGUGGUACUUCUUAUGGAUUGUUCAGUCAAUAUGAAUCAUUGACUCAAGAUCACAAUUUAUACCUUAUAUUAUCUGGUGAAAAUUUGAAGAUGGGUUUUUGGGAUGAUGAUGUCACAAGUGAAACUGCAUUGUUGAUAAAUACUUGCUAUCACGUAGCGUUUGUUUAUGAUAAUUCAUCUCAGACACAAAUCAUUUAUUUAAACGGAGUUCAAGAUACUAAUCGUAGCUCAGCUGGACCAUAUUUAGGCGCAAGUGGUGCUAUUCAUAUUGGAAACUAUUAUGAUGGUAGCAAUCACACAUUCGACGGUGCUAUUGAUGAAGUUACACUUUACAUGAACGCUAGAAGCGCAAGUGAUAUUCUUUCGGACGCUACUUUAAGUACAUGGCAUUCAUUUGAUUGUGGAAUAUCUUAUGAUUCAGGUCCAAAUAGAAUCAAAGGAACAGCCUAUAAUGUUAUAUUAGCAUCUGGUAGAGUUGGUCAAGGAUUAAGCUAUACUUCGUCGUCAUCUUAUUAUCAGUUGUAUGGAUUUCCUCUUCUUGGAACUUCAAAUCAUCCAUACUCGAUAUCUCUAUGGAUUCAACGAACAUCAACAGGUGCAGGAACUGUUGUUUAUGUUUCGUCACAAACAGGUGGGGGAGGAUGGUGUAUUGAUUUCAUGGGAUUUUCUUCGAGUGGACAAAUAAUAGGUGCCAGUUACGACGGUGUCAUUAGAGAUGUAGUAGGUCCUAUUCUGUCGACCAACGUUUGGGUACAUGUCGCUACUACUUUUUCGACUACAAAUGGUGUACGAUUGUAUGUCAAUGGAAGUUUAAUUGGAUCUACAGGUGCAAUCAUAUAUGCAGCUUCAGGAACAUUAAACACGGUGACAUUAGGUAAUCCACUGAGAACUGGAUGCGUUAAGAAGUCAAUUGCGCCGGGCACUUUUUAUGGCUAUUUAGAUGAAUUUCGACUUUAUUCACGAGAAUUGACUGCUGCAGAUGUUACUGCGCUUGCUAAUCCUUGA